CGCCGCUGCCCAGGCUCCCGACUCUGCCACCCUACCCGGCUCCUCGCAAAUCCUGCGGCACAGCCGGCCGCGAUGAGCUCCCGCCAGCAGCCCCCGCCUCCAGCUCCUGCCUUGGCCCUGGCUUUGACCCUGGCCAUGUUGGCCAGACCUUCAUCCUCAGCCUCCUUCUUCGGUGAGAACCAUCUGGAGGUGCCUGUGGCGGCAGCCCUGACCAACAUCGACCUCCAGCUGCAGUUCUCCACACCCCAGCCCGAGGCCCUGCUUCUCCUGGCCGCAGGCCAGGCUGACCACCUCCUGCUGCAACUCCACUCUGGACGCCUUCAGGUCAGACUCACCCUGGGCCAGGAGGAGCUGAAGCUAGAGACCCCAGCUGAGACGCUGCUGAGCGACGCCAUCCUCCACACCGUGCAGCUGACCAUUUCAGACAGCGAGGCCUCACUGUCAGUGGACGGGCUCCUGAACGCCUCGGCCGUGGUCCCGGGAGCUCCCCUGGAGGUCCCCUAUGGGCUCUUCCUGGGGGGCACUGGGAGCCUCGGCCUGCCCUAUGUGAAGAGAGCCAGUCGACCCCUGAGGGGCUGCCUCCACGCCGCCACCCUCAAUGGCCGAAACCUCCUCCGCCCACUGACACCGGACGUGCACGAGGGCUGUGCUGAAGAGUUUUCUGCCGACGACAGCGUGGCUCUGGGCUUCUCUGGGGCCCACUCGCUGGCUGCCUUCCCUGCCUGGAGCACUCGGGAUGAAGGCACCCUGGAGUUCACACUCACCACUCGGAGCCAACAGGCACCCCUGGCCUUCCAGGCGGGGGGCCGGCACGGGGAUUUCAUCUACGUGGACAUCUUUGAGGGCCACCUGCGGGCUGUGGUGGAGAAGGGUCAGGGCACGGUAUUGCUCCACAACAGUGUGCCCGUGGCCGACGGGCAGCCCCACGAGGUUGGUGUCCGUGUGGAUGCUCACCAGCUGGAAAUCUCCGUGGACCAGUACCCCACACGCACCUCCAACCGUGGGGUCCUCAGCUACCUGGACCCACGAGGCAGCCUCCUCCUUGGGGGGCUGGACGCAGAGGCCUCUCGCCAUCUCCAGGAACAUCGCCUGGGCCUGGCCCCGGGGGCUGUUGGUGUCUCUCUGCUGGGCUGCCUGGAAGACCUCACCAUCAAUGGCCAGAGGCAGGGGCUCCGGGAAGCCUUGCUGACCCACAGCAUGACGGCCGGCUGCCGGCUGGAGGAAGACGAAUAUGAAGAUGACACCUAUGGCCCCUACGAAGCUCUCUCCACCCUGGCACCCGAGGCUUGGCCAGCCGUGGAGCUGCCGGAGCCCUGCGUGCCUGAACCGGGGCUGCCUCCUGUCUUUGCCAAUUUCACCCAACUGCUGGCCAUCAGCCCGCUAGUGGUGGCCGAGGGCGGCACAGCCUGGCUCGAGUGGCGGCACGUGCAGCCCACCCUGGACCUGAGUGAGGCCGAGCUGCGCAAAUCGCAGGUGCUGUUCAGUGUGAGCCGUGGGGCGCGCCACGGCGAGCUGGAGCUGGACAUCCCGGGUGCCCAGGCGCGGAAAAUGUUCACCCUCUUGGACGUGGUGAACCGCAAGGCCCGCUUUGUCCACGAUGGCUCUGAGGACACCUCCGACCAGCUGGUGCUGGAAGUGUCGGUGACCGCUCGGGGGCCCGUGCCCUCCUGCCUGCGGAGGGGCCAAACUUACAUCCUGCCCGUGCAGGUAAACCCCGUCAACGACCCGCCCCACAUCAUCUUCCCACACGGCAGCCUCAUGGUGAUCCUGGAACACACGCAGAAGCCGCUGGGGCCCGAGGUUUUCCAGGCCUACGACCCAGACUCUGCCUGCGAGGGCCUUACCUUCCAGCUGCUUGGCACCCCCACUGGCCUCCCUGUGGAGCGCCGAGACCGGCCCGGGGAGCCAGCAACUGAGUUCUCCUGCCAGGAGCUGGAGGCGGGCAGCCUGGUCUAUGUCCACCGUGGCGGUCCUGCCCAGGACCUGACGUUCCGGGUCAGCGACGGGCUGCAGGCCAGCCCUCCCGCCACACUGAAGGUGGUGGCCGUCCGGCCCACCAUUCAGAUCCGCCACAACACCGGGCUGCACCUAGCCCAGGGCUCUGCUGCACCUAUCCUGCCCACCAACCUGUCAGUGGAGACCAACGCCGUGGGGCAGGAUGUGAGCGUGCUGUUCCGAGUCACUGAGGCCCUGCAGUUCGGGGAGCUGCAGAAGCAGGGGGCAGGGGGAGCCGAGGGUGCCGAGUGGCGCACCACGCAGGCAUUCCACCAGCGGGACGUGGAGCAGAGCCGUGUGAGAUACCUGAGCACCGACCCACAGCAUCGCACAGAGGACACCAUGGAGCGCCUGGCCCUGGAGGUACAGGUAGGCCAGGAGACCCUGAGCAAUCUGUCCUUCCCAGUGACAAUCCAGAGGGCCACAGUGUGGCUGCUGCGGCUGGAGCCGCUGCACACUCAGAACACCCAGCAGGAGGCGCUCACCACGGCCCACCUGGAGGCCACCCUAGAGGAGGAGGCAGGCCCGAGCCCCACUGCCUUCUACUAUGAGGUGGUUCAGGCCCCUAGGAAGGGUAAUCUUCGGCUACAGGGCACACGGCUCUCAGAUGGCCAGAGCUUCACCCAGGAUGACCUGCAGGCCUAUCGGGUGACCUACGGGGCCACAGCACGUGCCUCGGAGGCAGUCGAGGACACCUUCCGUUUCCGUGUCAUAGCUCCACCACACUUCUCCCCACUCUACACCUUCCCCAUUCACAUUGGUGGCGACCCGGACGCCCCCGUCCUCACCAACAUCCUCCUCUCAGUGCCCGAGGGUGGCGAGGGCGUCCUCUCUGCUGACCACCUCUUUGUCAAGAGUCUCAACAGUGCCAGCUACCUCUAUGAGGUCAUGGAGCAGCCCCGCCAUGGGAGGUUAGUCUGGGGGGGGGCAGAGGACGAGGCCACCACGGUGACCUCCUUCACCAACGAGGACCUGCUGCAAGGCCGGCUGGUCUACCAGCACGACAACUCCGAGACCACAGAAGAUGACAUCCCAUUUGUGGCUACCCGCCAGAGUGAGGGCAGUGGCGGCAUGGCCUGGGAGGAGGUACGGGGUGUCUUCCGCGUGGCCAUCCAGCCUGUGAAUGACCACGCUCCCGUGCAGACCAUCAGCCGCAUCUUCCACGUGGUCAGGGGCGGGCGGCGGCUGCUGACGACAGACGACGUGGCCUUCAGUGAUGCCGACUCUGGCUUUGCUGACAAUCAGCUGGUCCUGACCCGCAAGGACCUUCUCUUCGGCAGUAUUGUGGCCGUGGAUGAGCCCACACGGCCCAUCUACCGCUUCACCCAGGAGGACCUCAGGAAGAGGCGAGUGCUGUUUGUGCACUCGGGGGCCGACCGCGGCUGGAUUCAGCUGCAAGUGUCCGAUGGGCAGCACCAGGCCACCGCGAUGCUUGAAGUGCAGGCCUCAGAGCCCUAUCUCCACGUGGCCAAUGGCUCACGCCUCGUGGUCCCUCAAGGAGGCCAGGGCACUAUCGACACAGCUGUGCUCCACCUGGACACCAACCUAGACAUCCGCAGUGGGGAGGAGGUCCGCUACCGCAUCACGGCCGGCCCACACUGGGGGCAGCUGCUCCGGGCCGGCCAGCCAGCCACAGCCUUCUCCCAGCAGGACCUGCUGGACGGGGCCAUUCUCUACAGCCACAAUGGCAGCCUCAGCCCUCGAGACACCCUGGCCUUCUCAGUGGAGGCGGGGCCCGUGCACACAGAUGCCACCCUGCAAGUGGCCAUUGCCCUAGAGGGCCCACUGGCCCCACUGCAUCUGGUCCAGCACAAGAAGAUCUAUGUCUUCCAGGGGGAGGCGGCUGAGAUCAGAAAGGAUCACCUGGAGGCAGCCCAGGAGGCGGUGCCACCGGCGGACAUCGUGUUCUCAGUGAAGACCCCGCCGCGCGCCGGCUACCUGGUGAUGCUGUCCCACGGCGCCUCGGUGGCGGAGCCGCCCAGCUUGGACCCUGUGCAGAGCUUCUCCCAGGAGGCAGUGGACGCAGGCAGGGUCCUGUAUCUGCACUCCCGCCCCGAGGCCUGGAGCGACGCCUUCUCCCUGGAUGUGGCCUCAGGCGUGGGCGCUCCCCUUGAGGGUGUCCGUGUAGAACUGGAGGUCCUUCCUGCGGCCAUCCCACUGGAGACGCAGAACUUCAGCGUCCCCGAGGGAGGCAGCCGCACGCUGGCCCCUCCACUGCUCCGAGUCACCGGGCCUUACUUCCCCACGCUGCCAGGCCUUGACCUGCAGGUGCUAGAGCCCCCCCAGCACGGGGCCCUGCGGAGAGAGGAAGGUCCUCAAGAGGGGACCCUUGGCGCUUUCUCCUGGAAAGAGGUGGAGCAGCAGCUGGUCAGCUAUGUGCACGACGGGAGUGAGACACUGACGGACAGCUUCGUCCUAGUGGCUAAUGCCUCAGAGCUGGGCCGCCAGAGCCAUCCGGCGGCCUUCACCAUCACCAUCCUGCCCGUCAACAACCAACCCCCCAUCCUCACCACAAACACGGGCCUGAAGAUGUGGGAGGGGGCCACUGUGCCCUUCCCUCCGGAGGCCCUGAGGGCCACAGACAGUGACUCAGGACCGGACGACCUGGUCUACACCAUCGAGCGGCCCAGCAACGGACAGGUAGUGCUGCGGGCGGCACCGGGCACCGAGGUCAGCAGCUUCACACAGGCCCAGCUGGACCGCGGGCUGGUGCUAUUCUCACACAGGGGAGCCCUGGACGGAGGCUUCCACUUCAGCCUCUCCGAUGGCGAGCACGCUUCCCCUGGACACUUCUUCCGCGUGACGGCCCAGAAGCAGCUGCUCCUCUCACUGGAGGGCAGCCGGAUGCUGACUGUGUGCCCAGGGUCGGUCCAGCCGCUGAGCAGCCGGAGCCUGAGGGCCAGCUCCAGUGCAGGCACCGACCCCCAUCACCUGCUCUACCGCGUGGUGCAGGGCCCCCAGCUGGGCCGGCUGUUCCACGCCCAGCAGGGCAGGGCUGGGGACACCCUGGAGAACUUCACUCAGGCGGAGGUGGAUGCCGGGACUGUUCUGUAUGAGCACCAGAUGCCCCCUGAGCCCUUCUGGGAGGUCCACGACGCUGUGGAGCUCCAGCUGUCAUCACCCCCAGCCCCUGAUGUGGCCACCACCCUUGCUGUGGCUGUGUCUUUUGAGGCUGCCUGUCCCCAGCGCCCCAGCCGCCUCUGGAGGAACAAAGGUCUUUGGGUCCCCGAAGGCCAGCGGGCAGACAUCACUAGGGACGCCCUCGAUGCUUCCAACCUCCUGGCCAGCAUUCCACCAUCCCAGAGCCCAGAGUAUGACGUACUCUUCCAAAUCACACAGUUCCCCACCCGGGGCCAGCUGCUGGUGGCUGGGGAGCCCCUCCACGCCGGGCGGCCCCACUUCCUGCAGUCCGAGCUGGCCGCGGGGCAGCUGGUCUACGCUCACGGCGGCAGCGGCACCCAGCACGACGGCUUCCGCUUCCGCGCCCACCUCCAGGGCCCAGCGGGGGCUUCCGUUUCCGGCCCCCAAACCUCCGAGGCCUUCGCCAUCACGGUGCGGGAUGUGAACGAGCGGCCACCUCAGCCCCAGGCCUCCAUGCCGCUGCGGCUCCCCCGGGGCUCCCGUGCCCCGGUCUCCCGGGCCCAGCUGAGUGUGGUGGACCCUGACUCGGCCCCCGGGGAGAUCGAGUACGAGGUGCGGCGGGUCCCCCUCAACGGCUUCCUGAGCCUGGCGGGGGCCGGCCCAGGGCCCGUGACCCGCUUCACACAGGCCGACGUGGACGCGGGGCGGCUGGCCUUCGUGGCCAACGGGAGCAGUGUGGCCGGCAUCGUGCAGCUGAGCGUGUCUGAUGGGGCCAGCCCUCCGCUGCCCGUGGCCCUGGCCGUGGACGUCUUGCCAUCCGCCAUCGAGGUGUGGCUGCGUGCGCCCCUAGAGGUGCCCCAGGCCCUGGGCCGCGCCUCGCUGAGCCGGGAGCAGCUGCAGGUGGUGUCAGACCGGGAGGAGCCGGACGCAGCGUACCGCCUCACCCGGGCGCCCCGGUUCGGGCAGCUGCUGGUGGCCGGGCGGCCGGCCACGGCCUUCAGCCAGCUCCAGGUAGACCAGGGGGAGGUGGUCUUCGCUUUCACUAACUUCUCCUCCUCUCGCGACCACUUCAGCGUCCUGGCGCUAGCCAGAGGUGCCAAUGCAUCAGCCACCGUGAAUGUCACCGUCAGGGCGCUGCUGCAUGUGUGGGCGGGUGGGCCGUGGCCCCAGGGUGCCACCCUGCGCCUGGACUCCACCGUCCUGGAUGCGGGGGAGCUGGCCAACCGCACAGGCAGUGUGCCCCGCUUCCGGCUCCUGGCAGGCCCCCGGUAUGGCCGUGUGGUCCGCGUGCCCCGGACCAGGCCGGAGCCCAGGGACAGCCAGCUUGUGGAACAGUUCACCCAGCGGGACCUUGAGGAUGGAAGGCUGGCUCUGGAGGUGGGCCUGCCAGAGGGCAGGUCACCAGAAACUGGCCCCACAGGUGACAGUCUCACUCUGGAGCUGUGGGCACGCGGUGUCCCCCCUGCGAUGGCCUCACUGGACUUUGACACUGAGCCUUAUGAUGCAGCCCAGCCCUACGGUGUGGCCCUGCUCAGUCUCCCCAAGGCUGCUCAGACAGAAGCAAGGAACCCAGGGAGCAGCACCCCCACAGCCGAGCCAGGCCCAUUAGCCUCCAGCCCCGUGCCCACUGUGGCCAUGACAGGCUUUCUGGGCUUCCUGGAGGCCAACAUGUUCAGUGUCAUCAUUCCCGUGUGCCUGGUCCUCCUGCUCUUGGCACUCAUCUUGCCCCUGCUCUUCUACCUCCGCAAACGCAACAAGACAGGCAAGCACGACGUCCAGGUGCUGACCGCCAAGCCCCGCAACGGCCUAGCCAGCGACACCGAGACCUUCCGCAAGGUAGAGCCAGGCCAAGCCAUCCCACUCACUACAGUGCCCAGCCAGGGGCCCCCACCAGGGGGCCAGCCUGACCCAGAGCUCCUGCAGUUCUGCCGGACACCCAACCCUGCUCUCAAGAAUGGCCAGUACUGGGUGUGAGGCCUGGCCUGGGCCCAGAUGCCAGUCGGGCCAGGGACAGGCUUGCUCAGGCCCUGGCCCGAUUGCUCCCAUGGCCUGGUGCUGUCUGAGUAUCCCCAGAGCCAGAGAUACCUGGGGAUAUCUGAGGUGGAGGAUGCUGGGAGGAAGUCCCGGGAGUGCAGGACCAAGUAGAGUCAAGAGCUGGAAUCUCCCCAGCUUUCUCCAUGCCUGGAGAGUGGCAAGGGAGCCAAGGUCAGAGGCAGGCUUAGAGUCAGUUCCCCUGCCUUGGAGCUAGUCUGGGAUGUCAAAACCAGAGUGAUCUCCUAGAUACAUCAGGACCCUGGAUCCUGGGCCUGUGAUCUUGGUAAGUCACAUCUGACCCAGGCAGCUAAGAGGUCAAGGAGAAGAGAGGGUAGGGAAGACAAAUGGGGAUCCCUGGCUUUUCCACUCCAAGCCAAGGCUCUCUUUGUCUCUGCCCCAGGUUGACAGGAAAACUUUUCCCCUGGUUUUUUAGGGAGAUGGUAUUCCCUGGAGCAGAGGGCAGGAGGAGAGAGCCCCUCCACUCUCUAGGAGACAUAAGCCAGUAGAAUAAUAUAUUCAGGGUACAAGGUAGGGCGGGUUACUCUGGGAUGGGUUUAUUUAAGAGGAAUUGCAAGGAAGCUAUUUAACAGUGUUGAGCUAGCCCAGACUGAUGGAGGCCCUGAGAGUGUGGGAUGGACCAGGGUCUGAGGCCAGUUCAUUCCCAGGGCCCCGCCUUGAUGGGCUGAGGGCUAGGUAGGCAGUAUGGGUCUAUGGCCUGAGAACAGGUGGGGCUGGGGAGCAUGUAGGGUCUCAGGCCAGGGGCCACUGCAAUGCCUGUGCUCCCCAAAGGACUGGGAGUGUGAGCAGUUGGGGGCACUCAAGUCCAUGGGGCCUGGAUAAAUGGUGCUUUGGAGGUUCUGGACAGCUGUGUCUCAUUUGUCUGACCCUGCACUGGGCCCUUGUCCACACCAGCCUGUGCACCCCUGGGGGCAGGCCAUCCCUCCAGGGCUCAGCAAGCAGGCAGGACAGGGCCACUCAAGCCCUAAAUUUCUACCUCCUGGGGCCUUUCAGAUCUCUUCUGCCCCUGCCUGUGUAGGCAAGUGGGUCAGUCUUUGUGGGGUGGGCCAGGCCCUCUCCAAGAGCUUAAGGAAACCAUUAAAUCAGGAGAUAUACUCAGUGUCCCUGC